AUGCAAGAAGAAGGCUGUUUGGAUGCAACUGAGCUAGAAGUUCAGCGAGAUUUCUCAUGUUUGCUGAAAAGGGCAAUACUGGACAUCGUCUCUGAAAAAGGAAAGGAAUGGCAAAGCCCGUCUGUGGGGGCAUCUGGUGGUUUGGUUACGAUUUGGGAUAAGUCGGAAGUGGAGGUUUGGUACACCGUUCGUGGUGCGCACUUUCUGAUGAUUCAUGGAAGGUUUAUUAAGACCAAUGAGGACUUUUAUAUUGUUAAUGUGUAUGCACCUUGUAAUAGGAGCGCUCAACAAGUGUUGUGGAAUUUAUUGUCAGCGAGGUUGCUUUCUUUAGGGAAUAACAAGGUUUGUGUUUGCGGGGAUUUCAACACUGUGCGGUCAGUCGAAGAAAGGCGUUCGGUUAGAGGUUCUCAGUUGGUGGAUGAUUGUGCACCUUUUAAUGAUUUUAUUGAAGAUAGAGUUUUGAUUGAUUUACCUUUAUGUGGGAGGAAGUUUACUUGGUUUAAGGGGGAUGGACGCUCGAUGAGUAGAUUGGAUAGGUUCUUGCUCUCUGAAGAAUGGUGUUUGGUGUGGCCCAACUGCAUUCAGGUGGCACACUUAAGAGGUUUAUCUGACCACUGUCCUAUAGUAUUGUCUGUGGAUGAAGAGAAUUGGGGUCCGAGACCGGUGCGUCUGUUGAAGUGUUGGCAAGAUAUGCCUGGCUAUUAUGAUUUUGUUCGUGAAAAGUGGGGUUCGCUUCAGGUGUCUCGGUGGGGUGGUCAUGUUCUCAAAGAAAAAUUGAAACUUUUAAAGGUGGCUCUUAAAGAUUGGCAUGUUUCAAAUACUCAUAAUUUACCUUCAAAGAUUGGUGACUUAAAGAACAGACAAGCGCUCUUAGACGGUAAAGGGGAGGAAGGGGAGCUGUCAGAGGACGAAAUCAGUGCACUUCAUGGUAUUUCGACGGAUAUUCACUCUCUAUCUCGUCUUAAUACAAGUAUUUGUUGGCAGCAGUCACGUUUAAACUGGCUCCGGGAUGGAGAUGCUAAUUCAAAGUUUUUUCACUCUGUUCUGGCCGCAAGGAAAAGAAUGAAUUCGCUGUCUUCGAUUUUGGUGGAUGGGGUUAUGGUAGAGGGUGUUCAACCUUUUCGCCCUAUUUCUUUGGUGGGGAGCUUGUACAAAAUUUUGGCGAAAAUUCUAGCAAACAGGUUGAGGCAGGUUAUUGGGAGUGUUGUGUCUGAAACUCAGUCUGCUUUUGUGAAGGAUAGACAAAUUCUUGAUGGUAUCUUGAUUGCGAAUGAGGUGGUUGAUGAGGCAAGGAGAUCUAAGAAAGACCUUUUGUUGUUCAAAGUAGAUUUUGAAAAGGCGUAUGAUUCGGUAGAUUGGGGGUACCUUGACGAGGUGAUGGGGAGUAUGUCGUUCCCGACGGUGUGGCGAAAAUGGAUUAGAGAAUGUGUUGGUACUGCUACUGCCUCAGUUCUUGUGAAUGGCAGUCCUACUGAUGAGUUUUCUCUUGAACGGGGAUUACGUCAGGGUGAUCCUCUAUCUCCUUUCUUAUUUUUAUUGGCAGCAGAGGGUUUGAAUGUGUUGAUGAAAGCGUUGGUAGACACAGAUCUGUUUACGGGGUAUAGAGUGGGGAGAGAGAAUUCAGUGGUGGUGUCUCAUUUACAGUUCGCUGAUGAUACACUUCUUAUUGGGAACAAAAGUUGGGCUAAUGUGCGGGCGCUGAGGGCUGGUCUAGUUUUGUUUGAAGCUAUGUCGGGUUUGAAAGUUAAUUUUCAUAAGAGUUCGCUGGUAGGGGUUAAUAUUAAUGAUUCGUGGUUGUCAGAAGCGGCUUCUGUGUUGGGGUGCAAAGUAGGUAAAAUCCCGUUUCUCUAUUUGGGGCUCUCGAUUGGGGGUGAUCCGCGUCGUCUUUUGUUUUGGGAACCUGUGGUGGAUCGUAUUAAAUCUAGAUUGUCUGGUUGGCAAAGUCGGUUCCUAUCUUUCGGUGGUCGUUUGAUUCUUCUAAAGUCUGUCCUGACUGCUCUACCUGAGUAUGGAGGGUUGGGGGUUAAGAGGUUGAGGGAGUUUAACAUUGCUUUGUUGGGUAAAUGGUGUUGGAGGUUGUUAUUGGAGAGGGAUGCUUUGUGGAGAAAGGUGUUAGUGGCUAGGUAUGGUGUGGAGGAUGGCGGUUUGGAGGAUGGGGGCCGGAGUUGUUCUUCGUGGUGGAGGGAGAUUGUGAGGAUUAGAGAUGGGAUAGGUGAGGGUGGAGAGGGAUGGUUUGGGUCUUGUGUUAGGAGGAGAGUGGGAAAUGGGGCAGAUACUGAUUUUUGGCGUGAUUGUUGGUGUGGAGAUGUUCCUCUUUGUGUCCGGUUUAGGCGCCUUUUUGACUUGACUGUUCACAAAUCAAUCUCAGUUAGGAAUAUGUUCCUGCUGGGGGUGGAUGUGGGCGGGGAGGCGUUGAGGUGGCGUAGGCGGUUGUGGGCUUGGGAGGAGGAGUUGGUAGAGGAGUGUAGGGCUUUGUUACUAACAGUUUCUUUGCAGGACUCAGUGUUAGACAGAUGGCUCUGGUUACCUAAUCAUGAUGAUGGGUAUUCUGUACGUGGAGUCUAUGACAUGCUGACAUCACAGGAGCAGCCCCAGUUACACCAUAAUGUGGACUUAAUUUGGCAUAAACAGGUCCCUCUCAAAGUCUCUAUCCUUGCUUGGCGACUAAUGAGGGAUCGGUUACCUACAAAACUUAAUUUGGCAAAUCGUGGCAUUCUAUCUGUGGAGGAGCGGUUAUGCGUUGCUGGAUGUGGGAUUGUCGAAGAUGUUACUCAUUUGUUUUUGUCUUGUGCAACUUUUGGUGCAUUAUGGCCGAUGGUGCGGCAUUGGUUAGGAGUGGUUGUUCGAGAGGGCGACGGUCUUUCUUCCACUUGA